CCUUGAUGGAGGGCAAACCGUCUCUGAUUCCUCCUCAUGGAGUCUUUCUUCCCAGAUCGCUCCUAAGUGUCAUCCGUUGGAGUAAAUCAAGUCGAAUCGUGAAUUUGAAGUCCCGUCUCACCAGCGGCUGUAUCUGCGCAUGAGCCGUGAGGAAGUUGCCGUGCUCCCCGCUGCUUGCCGGGAUUCUGGAGGAUCAAGAUGGCAGUAGCUGGGAGGACCUGUUCCAGGAGUAGAGGCAUUUGGAGCUGCUGUUUGUCCAAGUUCGGGGCCUGUGCCCCUGGCACCCCCCUGCCAGUGCACAGUUGUGUGGCCACAGUUCUGCGAAACAGUGUACAAUCCAUCCACUGUAACCAUGGCAACAGACCAGUGUUGCGGUCAGAAGAGGCUCCUGGAAAGCCAAUCCCACAGGGUCCAGAAUACAUUCCACAACGGAGAGCCAAGAAUCCAAUGGGAAAGAUCGGCCUGGCCUGGUUAAUUGGUUUGCCAUCCGGCAUCAUCACCUUUCUCCUUGCUAAACGAGAGGUUGAUAAGAACCGUCUGAAACAGUUGAAGAUCAGGCAGAGGAUAAAGAAUGCCAAUGAAGGCGAAUACCAGAGUGAACGAUACCAGUCCAAGCUGGAGGAACAUGACCGGCAGAUCAUCGCCUCACAAAGUAAACCAUAGAAUCCCUGCCGAUGGUCAAAAUGCCCAGCACCUCUCGCUUCCCACUUGCCCUCAGGGAGGCUGCCAGUCUUCAGUCUCUCCCACUCUCAAAUUAUUAAAGAAACUCAAUGGACAAA